AUGGACAAAAUUGUUUAUGGCUGCAAGGACAUAGCUUUUUCUCCUUAUGGCACUUUUAAUCUAGGGGAUUACAUUCCGUCGCUUAAAUGGUAUAAACGUGUCGAUGGUUUCAAUGUCAGAGUAGAGAAACUGGCUAAACCGCUUGAUGAAUUUUUGGAUGGUGCAGUUGAAGAACAUAGAUAUAAAAAGAAAAGAAAGGCGGAUGGCAACGACAGCACUGGCGAAGCAGAUCAUGUUGACAUAUUGCUUGAAAUUCAGAGAGAAAACAAGGCUGGUUUCCCUUUUGGAACUGAUACCAUGAAAGCUGACAUGUUUGCUGCUGGGACUGGUACAACAUAUAUUUCCUUAGAGUGGGAAGUGGCAGAGCUUUUAAAGCACCCGAAAACUAUGGAGAAACUGCAGAAUGAGGUGAGACAAUUAGCCAGAAGCAAAUUGGAGAUAAUAGAGGAAGAUUUAGAUAAAAUCUCCUAUAUGAAGGCAGUGAUCAAAGAGAAUCUAAGACUACAUCCUCCACUUCCAUUACUGCUCCCACGAGAAUCAACCCAAGACACUAAAAUUUAUGGGGAUAGAAAAGGGAAGGAGAAGAAACAAAUGCUAGUGAUGCAGACAAAAAAGAAUCAGAAGAAACAAAAAGUGACAGAGAAUGAUAGGUGUGGUGGUAAUGUUUGUGGUGUUGUUGGCAACGACGGGGAUAGCGGUGGCGGCGACGACAAGGGGGUGGAGAUCUUUGUGGUGGCGACAACGGGAAUGGUGAGGUGGCGGUGGAGUAGGACUGAAAGUUUGUGA